GAUCGAAAUGCGUUUUGUUGCGGAAUUAUCGGCGAUAGACGCGUUGCGAAACGACAGCGCGAUAAGAAACGGAUUACGCGGCGAUUUUUCACUCGCAUUGUUUCCGUUACGUAUUAUCCAGUGUUAUUCUAAUCGCCUUGCAACGUUCACCCGAUCACGCGAUUAUUUUGCAAUGCUCACUGCGUCGCUCGGAGAAGCAAUAGAGACGAGGACUGAGAGGCGUUUUGAGACGGUUUUAGUUCCGACACAAUGGACUUAUUCAGGAUGUUUGGCAGCGACCGCGUCCCUGCUAUCCCCAGCUCAGACGCGGAGAUACCGUUGGACGACAGCACGGCCCCCAUGGAAGUCGACAGUAAGAUACUUCGCGGAGUUAUGGCAGAGCGUCGGCUCGAGGUGUACUGAACAUCUCUUUCCAUUCUCGGCCGCAGGAUGGACCAUGAAGAUGAAGGCGAACUUCUCUAAAGAAUCUCCUGUAUGGUUGUUGGGCCAAUGUUACUUAAAAAAGUCCGAGGAUCCCUUGGAAAGCGCCUCGGAGGCCUUGGAACCGGUAGGAACUGGCAGUCAGGUCUCCCUGGCGAUGGACGCCACCAAUUUUGAGAAUACCAUAGAGGAAUUCAAGAGGGACUUCGCGUCACGACUAUGGCUCACAUAUAGACGGGAAUUUCCAAUUCUGAACGGUUCCACUUUCACCACGGACUGUGGCUGGGGUUGUAUGCUGCGUAGCGGUCAAAUGAUGCUGGCACAAGCAUUGGUCUGCCAUUUCCUCGGACGUGAAUGGAGAUGGCGGCCGGAACAACCUAUCGAGACCACUCAGCAAAUGCGGGACGACAACAAUCACCGAAUGAUCAUCAAGUGGUUUGCGGAUCAGUCGAAGCCCGAAUCGCCUUUUUCCAUACAUAGACUUGUGUCUCUCAGCGCAUCGACGGGGAAGCGGGCGGGCGAUUGGUACGGUCCCAACUCCGUCGCGCAUCUUUUAAGUCAAGCUGUGGGACGCACUGGCGAGCUUCCCAACAGUAAACUCAGUCGGCUAGCGGUGUACGUUGCUCAAGAUUGCGCAGUAUAUAUGCAAGACGUCGAAGAAGCUUGUCGCACCCCUGACGGUGGAUGGAAGUCUUUGAUACUACUCGUACCUCUGAUGCUCGGCACCGACAAAUUGAACCCCGUGUACGCACCGUGCGUAACAGCGCUGCUGACGUUGGACGCGUGCAUCGGUGUUAUCGGAGGUCGACCCCGACAUUCGCUCUACUUCAUCGGCUACCAGGACGACAAGCUAAUCCACCUUGAUCCGCAUUACUGUCAGGAGACCGUCGACGUCUCGAAGGAGAACUUCCCGUUGAUUAGCUUUCAUUGCACGUCGCCAAGGAAAAUGUUGCUCUCGAAGAUGGACCCCAGCUGUUGCGUGGGCUUUUAUUUUCCUAACAGAGAAUCGCUUACCGAAUUCAUGGAGACGAUUGAACGGUUAGUGAUACCGUCGAAUCAAAAGGCGGACUAUCCGAUGUUCUUGUUCUGCGAAGGAAGCAGAAAGGAUCUGCAGCAGGGUAUCGAAGUCGACGAGUGUCUUCUAGCUUCGACGAGUUCCUUCGACGAUCACGAGGCAUUGGACGAUGACUUGUGCGAAUGCGAAAAGUUUGAGCUGCUGCAGUAAGAUGAGGAGAAAUAAACAAACCUAAACACAGCGAUCGCGUGCUUGCUCGAACAUCAACGAGAAAUAUUAGUCUCAAAUAUCUCUAAUAUAUCUCUACUCGUUCGUUCACUAUACGCGACAAGUACUACUUUUCGUAUACUUGCUCUUCUAGCGCGUGUAGGAAAACGUUGUAAAGCAAAAUACGAACCGAAUAUCACCAUUUAGACCGGCAAGAUCGCUUUGAUUAUAGAAACGACAGCGUUACGUUUCACGCGAUCGAAAAAUAAAAUUCAAGUUAACGCAAUCACUAGUUUUAUUAGUUAUUUACGAAAUUAAAGAGAAAAAAACAUACGCAAGACAAGCUCGAGCAAAUUUGAUCCCCGACAAGUUAACCGACUGUUAGGCUGACCGUUUCUCAAUGAUGUAAUGUGUGUAUAUAUAUA